UCUCUAACUCUGCAUCAUCAUCGUCAUCCUUUCCACAAUCUCUAUCUCUAUCCCUUUCCCUUUCUCUUUCUCUUGUUUGUUUUUACAGGAAUCGGAAAAAAUGGUUGCCGGCACUCUAUCCGAUGAGUAUGUCUCUCCCCUCCCAGCCGCGAGACUGUGGAAGGCGAGCAUUAAGGACGUGCACAACAUCGUCCCAAAGGUGAUGCCUCACAUAAUAUCAAGUGUUGAUAUAUGUGAGGGUGAUGGUGGAGUUGGCACCGUCAAACAGUUUAACUUCACCGAAGCGGUCCAAGAAUACCGAUUUGUUAAGGAUAGGACAGAUGUGUUCGAUGAGGAGAAGUUUUUCCUCAAAUACACUGUUAUCGAAGGAGAGCGCCUCGGGACCAGGUUCAACUCUCUAGUUUACGAAGUGAAGUUCGACGAGGCUGCUAAUGGCGGAACAGUGGCCAAGAUGAAGGCCGACUACGAUACCAUCGGUGAUGCAACUCUCUCAGAUGACGAGGUCAAACAAAUGAAAGAGAACCUCCUCUCUCUGUUCAAAGCUGUUGAGGCCUUCCUCUUACAAAACCCUGAUGCAUAUGCUUAAGCUCCUUGUUUUGCAUCUAUACCCACUGUGCUUGCUUUCUUUUCUAUACCUUUCUCUUUCGUAUAACCAGCGUGGUUUGGAUGAUAAUAAAGUGUGCUGUAGUAAUGUGUGUGCGGGCAUUGGCUUGUCGAAAAGGAAAAGAUCAGAGUGAAAUAAGUUUUGUGUUUUUUACUUCUCGAAUUUGUGUAUGAGAAGAGGGAUUUAUCCUAAAUUGGAAAAGUAAGUUUUCUACCUCCUUUUAUUUGUAUCAA